AUGAUCACCGCACCACAGCGGCGACUACUCGUCCUCAUAUCGACAUUCUUCUUUGUAUUCAGCAUUUUUUACUGCUGCUCGCGUCUCGCAGCAUUGACUGUUGGUCCCAAAAUCGUCCAAGAGCCAGCACAUCUAGUUCCCCAAGUUGAGUUGCUAAAAGCCGACAACCCCAUGUCCUACGGCAUGUACAAUCGACCGAGCUACGACGGCAUCGACCUCAUCAGGAACUUACCAAGCGAAUACAUACCGACGGCAAAGAAUGGAAGACGGCUGGUUGUGGUUGGCGACAUACACGGCAUGCUCGACCCCUUCGAGAAACUGCUCAAGAAGAUCGAAUUCGACCCUGAAACUGAUCACGUCAUUGCCGUCGGCGACAUGAUAAACAAGGGACCUAAAUCCUCGGAAGUAAUCGCACGCCUUAUGGAAAUAAAAGCCAGCGCUGUCCGCGGAAACCACGAAGAUCGCGUAAUCCUCGCAUGGCGCGGCCUCAGCAGUCAACAAGGUGUCGCAGCCUACCUCGAUUCCGAGAAUGCCGCCAGGCACCGAGGUGAAGAGGAGGAUCUGAAAACCGCGCGUAGCCUGACUGAGCCGCAAAUGGCAUGGCUUAAGAAACUCCCGGUCGUCUUGUCGGCGGAGCCUAUGGCUCUCUAUUUUGUGCAUGCUGGCCUUGUCCCAGGCGUGCCUUUGCCGCAGCAGGAUGCCUGGGCUGUCAUGAACAUGCGCACCCUGCGCUUUCCUCGUGAGGAGUUCCGUAAGAAGGAAAUCGAAAAGAAGCUCCAGCAGGUAGAGAAACAACGCCAGAAAGAGCUGGAAAAGGCACAGGAGGCGGCACAAGCGCAAGUAAAGCGAAGUUUCGUCCCCAAAGGGGAGGAUGCCAAUUUACAUGCUCAUAUCGCUCGUGCUGAGACCGCAGAGUUGGACUCCACAAGCACCGUAUCCUCGACCGACGAAGAUAUUGUUGACUCUGGACAUACCAAUCCGGACCGCGAUGUCUGGCUUCCUAUUGACGGACACCAAGGCGAGCGAUGGACCAAAUUGUGGAAUAGGGCGCAAAAGAAACUACGUGGACCUGAUCGCCGCUCGGUCAUAUAUGGCCACGAUGCCAAGAUGGGCUAUCAGGAGGAUUCCUAUACAUUUGGCUUGGACUCGGGUUGCGUCAAGGGCAACGCACUGACAGCUCUGGUUGUUCAAGCCAGCAAGGAAGGAGGAUGGAAACAUUCGACCCACCAGGUUACGUGCAAAAAGGGUUGGUGGUGA